UCAUGGCUUCGACUGGAGGUUCUCAUCUGUCAAGUGGGAAAAUAAACCUGAGUUUAUUGAGAGAUUUUUACAGACGUGAGCUUUUAGAAGCUCUUGACAAAUGUCUUGGCUCUAAGGCAUUAGUAUGGGAUAAUGAUUUGACUGGACCUUUUGGUUUAAUAGCAGAAUACUCUUUAUUGAAGGAACAUGAAGUUGAGAAGAUGUUUCCACUGCAGACUUCUGGUCUCCCACCAAGUAAUGUACAGAAUAUUAUAUUUAUAGCCAGACCAAGACUGAAACUCAUGGAUCUUAUAGCACAGAACCUAUUACAGGAAGAACAGAAAGGUGGAUUCAGGAAAGAAUAUCACAUCAUAUUUGUCCCAAGAAAAAGCCUUCUUUGUGAGAAAAGAUUAAAGGAUUUAGGUGUAUACGGUACCCUAGCAAAUAUUGAAGAAUUUAGUCUGAGUUUAAUUCCUUUUGAUUAUGACCUGAUGUCAAUGGAAAUGGAUAAUUCUUUUAAGGAAUGUUACCUUGAGAAUGAUUUUACCAGCAUGCAUUAUGCUGCUCAGUCCCUGAUGACACUACAGACACUAUAUGGUGUUAUACCUAAUAUUUGUGGGAAAGGUGACUGUGCUAAGCAAGUUGUAGACAUGAUGUUGAGAAUGAGACGAGAACUUUGUGGACAGGAACCCAACAUAACACCACAGAUAGAUCAUCUAUUGAUUCUAGAUCGUAAUGUUGACCUCCUGACCCCUUUGUUGUCACAGUUGACAUAUGAAGGACUAAUUGAUGAAAUAUUUGAUAUAAAUAAUACAAGUGUUAAACUACCGCCUGAAAAAUUUCAGUCAGGACAAGGAGAAGAAACCAAAGGUGUUCCAACAGAACCAAAGAAAGUCAUUCUGAACUCUUCUGAUGUAUUGUAUGCUGACUUAAGAGAUAAGAAUUUUAAUGCUGUCGGUAGUAUUGUCAGCAAGAAGGCUAAAACAAUAACAGCUGAAUUUGAUGAACGACAUUCUGCCAAGACAGUCAGUGAUAUGAAACAGUUUGUAUCUAAACUUCCACAUCUACAGCAAGUCAGAGCGUCAUUAUCAAUACACACAUCAAUAGCAGAAUUAGUCAAAGAAUAUACAGAUACAGACGAAUUUAUAGAUUGUUUGAGAUGUCAACAAGAAUUUAUAAACAGUAUAGAGACAGAUAAAGUUCACACUUACAUAGAAGAUUGUAUGGGAAAACAGGAACCAAUAAAUAAGGUUUUAAGAUUAAUAUGUAUCCAGUCUUAUUGUAACAAUGGAUUAAAACCAAAAGUAUUAGAUUAUUAUAAAAGAGAAGUUUUACAGACAUAUGGCUUUGAACAUAUAAUAACAAUAAUGAACCUAGAGAGAGCAGGAUUUAUACGUCUUUUUGGUAACAGAACAUAUCCUACCAUAAAAAAGUCACUGAGAUUAAUCAUGGAAGAUGUUAAUGAAAUGGUUCCCAAUGAUAUUUCCUAUGUAUACAGUGGUUAUGCUCCAUUAAGUAUUAGAUUAGCCCAGUAUUAUGCCCGCCCUGGUUGGCGUAGUAUAACAGAAGUUCUCAACCUAUUACCUGGACCUACAGUGGAAGAAAUACAACAAAUACCUGUAGCUCUCAGGAAGAGAAGAAGUUCAAUAGGAUCUAUAAAUUCUACAGCAGCAGAACAAAAGAUAACAUUGGUGUUUUUCCUGGGAGGUGUGACAUAUGCUGAGAUUGCUGCUCUCAGGUUUCUUGCCCAACAGGAUGAUGGUGGUACAGACUAUAUCAUAGCCUCUACUAAAAUUCUCAACUGUAACACUCUAAUGGACUUUGUUGUUGAACAUACUAAGCCUGCUCGGUUGUUUGCAUCUUAAUCAAAUGUGGUACAGACUAUGUGAUAGCAACAACAUCUAUUUUAUCUGGUGAAACUUUAUUGAAUCAAGUAUCAGUACCUUUGGAACCAGCCAAACUUAAUCCAUUCUGAUUCCAGGUUUAUUAACCUCAGCCUACAGUUAUAGUGAAUAUUUCACUUGUUUGGAAAUUUAUGACAGCAACAACAGCUGUUUUAUCUGGUGAAACAUUAUUGAAUCAAGUAUCAGUAUCUUUGGAACCAGCCAAACUUAAUCCAUUCUGAUACAAGAAUUAUUGAUCCCUGAGCCUACAGUUAAAGUGAAUAUUUCAAUUUUUGGCAAUACAGACUUUAUUAUAGCUACAACAUCUGUUUUAUUCUGUAGUGUCAUAUCUGGACAUUUAGAACGAUUAGAUUUAGUCCAGUCUUAUAUAUAACAUUAACUUAUUUAUUUAUAUACAAUAUUUUACUUUAUUUCAUACAAAAAUAUCAAUUCCUUUCUUGACGUUGCUAGUACAGUUUAACUGAACAAAUGAUUUAUUAUACCCCCGCUUUAAAAAAGGGGGGUAUGCUGUUUUACCUCUGUCUGUCCUUCCGUCAGUCAGUCCGUCCGUCCCAUGAAUAUUUUUCGUCACAUUUUUCUCAGGAACUACAAUACAAGGAUUUCUGAAAUUUUGUUUCAGGGUUUAUCUAAGUUAGCUAUACCGUGUGAUGCGUUUUCAGAUUGAUCACUUGACAACUUCCUGUUUACCUAACACUUGUAUGAUUUUACACAUGAUAGCCAAGUUGAAAAUUUCCGUCACAUUUUUCUCAGGAACUACAAGACAAGGAUUUCUGAAAUUUGGUUUCAGGAUUUAUAUAAGUCAGUUAUACCGUGUGAUGCGUUUUCAGAUUCAUCACUUGACAACUUCCUGUUUACCGAACACUUGCAUAUUUUUACACUAUUAAUAUUAUCCACUUGCGGCGGGGUAUCAUCAGUGAGCAGUAGCUCGCUUUUUCACUUGUUGAUUAUGGAGUAAACUGUAAUUGUGAUGUGUUAAGAUGCAUACAAUAGUGUUCAAAUGUAGGGAGGAGACAAAUGGAAACACUGGACCCCAAAAAAAACUCCUCUAUGUUAAAAAAGAUUGUCUUAAUAGAAAUACAGAGAAGCUGUGGUAUCCAUCCAUGACACAUAAUUAGUACAUGUAGAGCAAAAACACAUAAAAAAGUAAAGGAACACGUUGAUUUACAUACACUCUAAUUAAACUCUUCCCCUGAGGCCCCUAAUCACUCUAUUUUAUUUCAGAGGUCUGAAAAAAUAAACUGGAAUUGAUUUUAAUGAUUGUCAGUUGGUUUCUGUGUGCAGAAGAAAUUUAAGAUAAUGUGUUGUUUUGUUGUCAACUAUAGCCAAAAAUGAUUGAUUAACAAAAUGCCAUCAACAAAAUAUUUUACAUAACAUCUUGAUGAUUGUAAAAGUAAAAAAGUCAGCCAUGUAGUUGAGAAGAAAAAUAAACUGAAGAAGGCCAAGGCCGAUAUUUUGAAAAUUGGUUAAUACUGCAAUAAUGUUUAGUAUGUUCCCUAUUGGAAUUUUAAAACAAAAAAGUUUUAACUCAUAAAUAAAACAUCUUGAAAAAAAUCAAGAAAGUUUUUCUAUUUUACCAGAUUUUGUUAAGUAUUGAUAUUCAUUCUUGUUUAUUGGUCUCUGAUGGAUAAUUGUGACAUAUCCUUAUACUCAUAUAUAGCUAAAUCAUUGAACAUGUAAUUAAUGUAAAAAAAGGCAUGUGAAACACAUAAAAUGUGUCAAACUUUAAAUGAAUAAGUUAGGGUUAAUGACAUAUGUAUAGAAUCAGAUUUUAUAUUGCGAUCUUUAUAAAUGACUUAUGAACUAUUUUUGUAUGUAUGUGUUUGCAUGAGAAUAUUUUUAUGAAUGUUUGCAUCUUUUGUUGACGUUAGUUUGUUAUUAUUUGAUAUGUUAUUAUGAGGUGCAAUAAAAUUAAUAUAAAAACUACAAAUUCUAUAUUAUCAACAG